AUGGCGAAUCUCCGCUUGAACCAGAUACAGAACCAUCUCGUCAGCUCGAGUACGGAUCCUGCUCGAGUUGACGGACAUGUCAUCAUCAUCACAGGAGCUGCGCAAGGCAUUGGUCGAUCGGCCGCCCUACUGUUUGCUCAAAAAGGAGCCAAGGUCGCAAUCAACGAUCUUGACUCCGAUAAAGCACAAGAGGUAGUUCAAGAAAUUCGAAACUUUGGAGGGCAUGCUGAAGCUUUCCCGGGAAAUAUGCUUGAUGAAUCAUUUCCUGCAAGCUUAGUGGCAGAUGUCUUAUCAAAUUGGGGCAAGAUCAAUUGCCUUGUCAACAACGCAGGAUUCUGUCACGAUAGCGCAAUCCACAAAAUGGACGAUGCAAAAUUCGACGUGAUUAUGAAAAUUCACAACUACGCGCCAUUCCGUCUUCUUCGAGCCCUAUCCCCACAUUGGAUGGACCCAUCUGUUCGCGAUAUGCCCAAGUGCAUCAUCAACGUUUCAUCAACAUCCGGUCUACACGGUGCAAUGGGCCAAAUCAACUAUGCUACUGCCAAAGCGGGCAUAGUUGGCCUCACAAAAACCGUAGCCGCUGAAUGGGGCCGGUAUGUAUACUCCAAGGAGCUGAGUCAAGUGAUUUUGAGCUUACUUUAUUUUAGAUACAAUGUUCGUGCUAACGCCAUUGCAUAUGGAUGGAUUGAUACUCGUAUCACGCAACCUCCGACUGAAUCUAAGGUCCUCUCUAUUGAUGGACAGGAUAUCAAGGUUGGAAUUCCUAUAAACGCUAAGAAGUGGCGUGAUGUUUCUGAUAUUCCUCUUUCACGGCCUGGAACUGCGGAUGAGGCUGCGAGAGUCAUGUUUUUCUUGGCUAGUCCGCUUUCUUCUUAUGUAACUGGAACGUGUGUGGAGUGUACUGGAGGCCGUUUUAUGUGA